CCGUGCAAAAGUAGAAUCCCGGGCGCCUUUCGUUUCGGGAUUUCUGUGCCUGGACUGACUGCUCGUCGAAAACGGGCAGAGCUCUCCAGCCUGCGAAUUCGAACAGCUGCUCACCGCAGGAAUCACGUGGAUAAGAGCUGGACUCUCCCUCACUCCAAUCGCCGCCGAACGAGACGGGCACCCGUUCGUGGACAUCUCCAACAAGGCCAACUUCGAGCACACAAUGGCUGAUUUUUAUUUCAAUGGCCAGAAAUUUGACCAUGAGCUUGUAGCAGCAAUUUCGAGUCGCCUUGACUCCGUUGGUGUUCCUAAUAUUCUCUGGGACAACUACCUACUCACCGUUUACGGCGUUCCUACUAUUGUCGAUAGUAUUGCUUUUGUUAUUCCCGAUAAACUUUUAACUGUCGCCUACUCUGCUCUUCUUAACACUGGCUUUCUUCCAUGCGCUUUGGGAACGGGUUGCAUAUACUCGUCUAUGCGGUAUCGCCCUACUCCGUCAAGUCACCUACAUAUCACUGAAGAACGAGUUGUAUCGCUAUAUCAAAAGUCUCAGACUCUAUUGAUAUUCCCAGAUUUCGAUGAAAUUCUCCACGAUGCCGGAAAUCCAUAUAUAAUGCAUGCGUCAGACUCUCAACUUCCAUCCGCGUGUCCAGGUCGUGGUGCUGGGCGCUUUCCUUCUUCGCUCUAUCCUGUCCGAAUCCCAACAGCUAUCAAAUAUUGUGAGGCUGUGAUUCAUUUACUCUGUCGCGACCGUGGAAGUGCUCAUGAAAGUUAUUGGAUCGUGUUACUGACAUAUAUAAUGGAAUAUGUUGAUGGAACGAGCAUCUUCAAUGAAGAGGCUCUUGCGCAGCCUUACCAGCGCUUAUACCAUGCCAUAAAACAUGGUGAUCUGAAAAUGUAUCUAAUAUUGGAUGAAAUUCGCUAUGAGUUGAUGGGAUUAACGAAUGAUCCUGCUGCAGAGAAAUAGAUCUACCCAGAACAAUAGGAGAUGCUAGUGGAUCAUGCAA